AUGUCAGACAGUGGUUGGAACACUAUAGAUUCCGAUGCAGGUGUGUUCACAGAACUUGUUGAAAAAUUAGGCGUGACAAAUGUCGAGAUUAAUGAUUUAUACUCCAUUGAUUCAGAGACGUUACGAGUAUUGCAACCCAUCUACGGUGUAAUCUUUUUGUUCAAGUACGGUAAGAAGGAUAGAGAGCAUGCUAGUUUGAACAAACCCAUAACUGGUGAGUACGAUGCCAAUUAUCAAGAUAUGGGACUAUUUUUUGCCAACCAAAUGAUUCAAAAUGCUUGUGCUACACAAGCAGUGCUCAAUGUGUUGUUCAACGUUGAUGAUGUAAACUUGGGUGAAGAAUUGAACAACUUUAAACUGUUUGUCACUGGGUUUGACUCAGAGAUGAUCGGGGAGACCUUGUCCAACAGUGAACUAAUUCGAUCUAUACAUAAUUCGUUCCUGACUCCAUCAUUAGUUGCUCAAGAGGACAAACCACCACCACAAGAUUAUGAUGACAAAACCGACGGGUUAUUUCAUUUUGUUGGAUAUGUGAUGAAAAAUAGUCAGAUAUAUGAAUUAGAUGGAUUGAAGCAGUAUCCGAUUAAACAUGGUGAAUGUCAAAGUCAAGACGAAUUUAUUGAAAAAUUACCAGGAGUAUUACAAGACAGAAUCAGUGCAUACGAUGCCAGUGAACUAAGGUUCUCACUUUUAGCAAUAACAAACAACAAGUUGGAGCAAGCACGGGCUACCGGUGAUGAAGUGGAGAUUGCAAGUCAAUUGGAUAAACGAGAACUUUGGCAACGAGAAAAUGAAUUGAGGAAGCAUGAUUACACUGGAUUGAUUGUACAGUUGUUGAAGAAUAUAAGUAAAGAAAAGUCGGAUCAAGAGUGGGAAGCUUUACUACAAAAAGGCAGAAACAAGACCCAACAAACGAUUGCUCAAUCAAUAAAGAAAAGUUAG